GAGGAGGAGGGAGUUGGCGGCCGCCGAGGCCGGGCAGCGGGCCCCGUCCGCGGCGGGCGCGCUCCGCGGUCCUCCCUCGCUCGUCUCCCAUGCUCAUAUUUGGACUCGGCUGCCCGUGCCCAGGAAUUUCCCGUCAUGCCUCCCGCCGCCCCGUCCGUCUCCCGGAGCCUGGGAGGGAGGGAGGGAGGGAGCGAGGCUCGGACGGCGGCGGCGGCGGCGGCGGCGGCGGCGGCUCCCCGGCCCUUCAAUGCGCCCACGGCGGACCCUCCCGCGCCCCCUCUCGCUCUGCCUCUGCCUCUGGCUGGCCGCGACUGCGGCGCGGGGAGCCGCGCAGUCAGCUCUUGCCCCUGUUCUUUGCCUCUCGUUUUGUUGGUGAAGAUAUCACAGUGAUGUCUGCAUUCAACCUGCUGCAUUUGGUGACAAAGAGCCAGCCAGUAGCCCUGCGAGCCUGUGGGCUUCCCUCAGGGUCAUGUAGGGAUAAAAAGAACUGUAAGGUGGUCUUUUCCCAGCAGGAACUAAGGAAGCGGCUGACACCCCUGCAGUACCAUGUCACUCAGGAGAAAGGGACCGAAAGUGCCUUCGAAGGAGAAUAUACACAUCACAAAGAUCCUGGAAUAUAUAAAUGUGUCGUUUGUGGAACUCCAUUGUUCAAGUCAGAAAGCAAAUUUGACUCCGGCUCAGUAGGCAAAGCAUCCUGAAUAAUUUGAAGAUUAUGUGCAAGGGACUUGUCGUCAAAUGUGGAUAAUAAAUACAUUUAAUCCAGCAAACUGUAAGGAGUUUUAGCCAGUAGAAAUGGAAAUUUCUUUAUGAUUUAUUAGUUUUUUAAAAAAUUUGUUUUGUUGUGGGAGUGGAUAAUGCAAAACUAAGGUCACCUUAAGCCAUUACUUUUGUAUCUAUCAAGACAAAAUUCACAUUCUCACAAACAGUGGCAUAUCAGCCUCAUUAGAUGCUUUCUUUUCAUUAAGCAUGAAUGUAGCCAUAUAAUCCUUAGGUUUGACUGAGGCUCUAUGUCAUUUUCUGAGAUUUAUGUGUUCCAGAAUUUCUAAUGGUGUUUAUAAUUAAAGCACAAAAAUUUCCUCUUAUUCAGUACAAAGGCCUGAUGCCCUUUAGUGAACUGUUAAUAGAUAAAUAAACGUUGAUUAUUUUUUAUUUUUCCAGGAGAAAAUAAUUUUCAGAGAAACAUAGAAUUUAUUGAAUUUAAAAGUAACAUUCUGACUCUGGUUUGAGUUCCAUUAUGUUUUAACUUAAAAACACUUUUUUGUUUAUUAUGCUCCCAAGGGAGCUAAGGACUAUAUAUUCUUUUUGGUAGUGGUGUUAAGGAGCCAACAUGCUGUUUCGUUAAAAGCUUCAUCUUUCUUUUAUUGUAUUCCUUUAUGAAUGUCUCCAAUUUGGUGAGCCUCUUUAAUAUGAAGUUGGUACAUGUGAGUUAACAAUUUCACCAGAAAUCUUUCCAUUCUGUGUGUUCUUGGGCUUCUGAAUCACAUCUGACAUUAAUAGCAUAAAACCAACAUUUCUCGUUUACAAUAUUGACUGCAUGGAGACUGAAGUCAUGGUGGCCUUGUAUCAGUGACUUGACUUUUUAUUGAUUCAUAGGAGGUGACUCAAAAUAAGGUGAAAAGUCUUUGUCAUUUUUUAAACAGUAAAAUAUUUAAGUAUGAUAAAAAAAUAAAUGAAUAGACUUGAUAGAGAAUGAAUUUUUACAUAGAAGUGGGAUGUCUUUUUAUCAUUUGCCAGUAAGUCACCAAGUGUCAUAUUAAGGGCCUACUUUGUUAUGAUCCGAUUUAAUUCCCUAAACAUCAAUCAGAAACUGAUUUUAGGGUAUAGUAUCUGGAACAUAGUUCUCAAAAAUGAAAAAGUCCACCAGGUUCAUUUUGAAGGUAAAACCUGGAAAUAGUGUACAAAAUUGAAAUAUUAGGCAGCUAUUGUCAAAGUCAGAAAAUUUACGUUGAAUUUUGAAAUCCAAAUUAAAAUAUGCCGCUAAACUCCUGUAGUGAUAGUUAUAACAUCUGUACAGGCAUACAUCUUUCACUCUAGUGACCAAAGAUUUUGUUCAUGAUCCUUUUUUUUUCUAAGUCCUAAUUUUUUUAAGCAGGUUUAUCACGGACCACAUCUGCAUGUCUUUGAAAAGUACAAAGUUCUGUACCCUGAAAAAUCUUACGGGGAAUACUGAUGAAAAGUUUAUUUAUUCUUUUAAUUUAGAAUUUAGAUAUGUUAUGGAAAGAAUUCAGAUGGUUUCAAAUUAAGAAACAGGUAAUUAUGUUUUCUUAUAAGCUCUUUUAGCUUAGUAUCGAAUGAGGGAAUCAUGGCAGAGGAAGCUGGACCUGUAUUCUUUGGCACGCUCUAUCAUGCAAAUUUUGGUCAGAAAUAAGAUAGCAUAUUGGAACAAUUAAAUGUAUGACUUUAAUAGGUUCAGAUUCUCUAUUGUUCAUCAAAUACAGAAAGUGAACUUGCUCUGCUUAAUGUUGUAUACAGCUGUAAGAGUGUUCCUGACAGAGUAAGCUUUGUAAAUGAAGGAGGAUGCCAAUCUUACCAAGGCAAAACAAAACAAAACAAAAACACUUAAAAAAUAAACAGUAUGGUCAGUGACUAGCCAUAAAGGAAAGGAUUUCAAAGUAAAAUGUUACAUGUAUAUGUAUGUACCUAUAGCUCCCCUCCCAAGUGAGGAACCCAAUUCAUGCAGGGCUUAUGCACAUUUGUAGUGUGUGUAACCAAGUUUCUGACUGUGGAGUGAGAUUCAUGAGGAAGGAAGGGAGAUUUUCACUGUCAUCACAUGGGGAAAAAUGUCAGUUGUUGAAUGAUCAGCCUAGAGAGAGAUUUAAAUUUUUUCUUAUCAAAAUUAUAUCAUUUUUUUUCUAUAAAAGCAUCUGCAAACAAACUUGUGUUUUUUAAAGUUUCAAAAAAUUUUAUAAUGAAAAAUUUCAACUCUCUAUAAAAUUAGAGAGUGUGGUGUAGUGGACAUCCACAUAAUCCAUCAUCUAGAUUUUACUAUUGUUAAUAAUUUGCCAUAUUUAUUUCACUUUCCUUUCUUUGCUUGAAAUAUUUUAAAGUAAAAUACGUCCAUUUCAUGUCAUUUUUGAAGCCUGAAGGUUAUGGAUUGUCUUGAUUUACUGAAAGAGAUCAACUACUUUUUUGAGUUUUUUUUGUCUGUCUCAGAAAUGUGGGUCACAUACAGAUUCUUCUGGAAAGGGUUGUGGCAUUACCAUGUCCACAUCAGUUAAAGGGUCCUCAAAAGUUCUAUUUGUGGUGAAGGUUAAGAAAACCUUUAACCAGAAGGUAGAGGCACUGAAUUAAUUCUGAUCCGAGAACCCCAGGAAUGUUCUGUCCUGGAGAUUAAUUUGAUUAACACUUUAGCUGCCCUCUAGCUGUGUCCUCUAUGUACUGAGUUAUAUACUGAUUAAAGUUUGUUUCUGUUGGUUUAUAACUCAGUCACGUCAAGCUUUUGGCUUUGCCGAUGGAGAGCAAUCAGGCCACCUUUUUUCUCACGCAGUUUUAGGGUUUCCAUUUUAAUGCCGUUUCCUAGUUGAUGCACUGCUGUUGCUUGCCUGCAUUCGUGUGUAGCUGGUGAUUUUAUUAAUAGAGUGAAACAGACUUCCUUUUAUGUUCAGGAGUAGCAAGAAGCCGUGCUCUUCUCCCCACCUCCCAAGAAGGGAAGUCAGUUGAUGUGGAGGAAGCAGAGCAUUGAGUCUAAUGCAGUGAUUAAACAUGAAAGCUAUAUAUCAAAUCUCAGGAGAAACAUGCUUUGGAAAGAGGCAGGGAACUGUGGAGCAUAUUGCAUGAUAGGCUGUGUAAACAGAGCCCUGGAGGUCAGUGUGUGGAUGCAAACCAAUUAAAUAAAGAAAUUACUGGCUUUGCUUUCUGUCAUCUGGAUGGGGAGGAUCACAAGUUAACAUGCACAGGGUUGAAGUGUAAACUUUGCUUGAAUAAGCAAGGCACCUUUGGAAACUUCGUUAACUCUUUCAGUUCUCUACUAAAUUGUUUUUUUUUUUUUUUAAUUUCACCAAAAGAAGUUAAAAACAAAAACCGAAUAUAUGCUGUCUUUGCCCUCCUGUACAUAUCCAUUAGCAAAGGUGUGAGUGAUGAGUAGAACUGAAGAGAAAGCAGAGGAUGAACUGCUGGAAAGAGCAGAGUUGAGUGUAUAGUCAGAUUUCAGGAACAUGCACAUGUCUUUUAAAAAAAAAAAACCAUUUGGAAAAGCAGAGCUCUUGGAGAAUAACUGAAAAAAGAUGUUUUUCUCUUCUCCUGAAUCCUGAAUAUAAGGCAAACAUAUAGUUGGAAUUUACUAGUCACUAUGUUAACAUCAGGAUAUUGUUAUUUCUGUUCUGUUAAAAUAGGAUAGUUUUCUGACCAAGAAGAACCUGAAGCCUAUAAGUUAAUAACUAUACGUCAAGGACUGCCCGGAGUCUAAAUCUGUGGUGUUAACCUUCUCAGGCCAUGUUUGAAUGAGAAAAUGAAAUACCAAGUUAAAAUGAUGGUUUCAUGGUCCAUAAACAUUCAAAACAAGGAUUUUUUUUUCUUUUCUGUAGAGUCAUGUUGGCUGAGAAAGUGAAUAAGCUUACGUUUGGUGCUUGUUGAUUCUCGGCUGCUUGGAAUAGCUAUACUAAAGAUAUGGGCUCGCAGAACACAGCAACUCAAAGGUAUAAGAUUUCAUGAAAGCAAAUUAUGGAGGAUUAAGAAACCUAAUGAGCAUGGUUUAGCGUGG